AUGACUUCCCAUGCACCCAGUUCCUGCUGCUACAAGGGCGUCAAGCAUGAGGGGCAGCCCGUCGGCAGUCUCUCCACCGUCAAGGACUUUGAGGUCUACACCUCUUAUCCCGAGAACAAAUCGACCAACUAUGCUGUGUUGAUUCUCACCGACGUCAUAGGCCACAAGUUCAACAACGCUCAGCUCAUCGCCGACCAGUUCGCUGCCAACGGCUACUUCGUGUUCAUGCCGGAUCUGUUCCAUGGCGAUCCAGUCCCAUUGAACCGCGGCCCCGACUUUGUUUUAGCAAAAUGGCUGGAGGGCCAUGGGGCGGAGAGGGUUGAUCCUAUCGUGGAAGCUAGUAUUACCGAGCUACGCGAGAAGUACAAGGUGAAGAAAAUCGCCGCCGUCGGAUACUGCUUCGGCGCCAAAUACGUCGUCCGUCAUCUCCACCCCAAACAAAACAAAAUCGACGUCGGCUACGUCGCUCACCCAUCUUUCGUCGAGGCCGACGAACUCAAGGCCAUUGGUGGUCCCUUCAGCAUCUCCGCUGCAGAGACCGACACCAUCUUCCCGACCGAGAAGCGUCACGAAUCCGAAAUCAUUCUCAAGGAGACCGGUCUCCCAUACCAGAUCAACCUAUACAGUGGUGUCGUUCACGGAUUCGCGGUUCGAGCCGAUUUGAGUGAUAGGGUGGCCAAGUAUGCAAAGGAGAAUGCUUUCUUGCAGGCUGUGGAGUGGUUUGAGGAGUAUCUUAAGAACUGA